AUGGAUGAGGAGGACCUCGGCGUUUUGACCAUGUUGGCCGGAGCCAAGUCUAUUCGAAGCUCUAUUGGGUCAACCAGCACCGACCAGGAACAUUCGAAGCAACGAGAUGUGUACGUGAGGCCAACUCCGCUCUUGAAUCAAGAAGCAAACGGUGUAGACGAAGACACCUUCAACAGCGCAGCCUUCUACGUGUAUGAUCUCUCCCCAGCUCAGCAAAACAAGCUGGCAGUGCAUGUUAUGCUCUCACAUAGUUCGGGCGCUGCUGUUUUUAAAGGAGACGAGAGCGAUGAAGCUUUGGUUGCAAGAUUCGUCUCCGGGGUGCAGAAGGCGUAUCCGGAGAAUCCGUUCCAUAAUUUUGGCCAUGCGGUAGAUGUUCAAGCUGUCAUUGUAACGACUAUGAAGCUGAUGGAGGCAGACAAAUUUCUCAGUAAUCUUGAACAGUUUUCGUUGCUCGUGGCUGGAGUGGGACAUGAUAUCGGUCAUCUGGGCUUGAACAACGGUUUUUUGUCGGAGGUUGGCCAUGAGCUGGCCAUCAAGUACAAUGACAAAUCGCCUUUGGAGAAUAUGCACUGCUCUACACUCUACCAACUGCUGGGAAAACCUGAGACGAAGCUGUUCGCCCAUUUGAGCCCGGAGGACUACAGGGAGGUGCGCAGAAUAUGUGUGGAGGUCAUCCUGCACACUGACAUGAUGUGCCAUCAGAACAUGGUCAAAGACCUCAAUUUGUUGUACCAGAUGAACUCAGAGGUUCUGCGACCUUCAGUGGCAGGUUCUGCUACAACAAGCCGAAAGUCCAACUGGAAGCGCAAAACAAUGAAGGAACAACAAACAGAUCCGCUCACUGUCUUUGGUUCGUCUGAGAACAAGAUGCUCGUAAUGGACGCCAUUGUGCAUUCAGCCGAUGUGUCAAAUCCUGCUCGAGAAUGGUCUGUUACACAAGCUUGGGCUGACAGAUGCCUGGAUGAGUUCUUUGCCCAAGGUGACCAGGAGAAAGCUCAGGGUCUUCCUGUUCAAUUCCUGAACGAUAGGGAGAGGUUGAGCCGCCCAAAUUCUCAGAUCGGCUUCAUUGAGUUCAUGAUAGCUCCUCUCUUCGCCGCGCAGAUUUGGUUGUGGCCCAUGCUUUGUGAAUAUGGAGAUUGCCUGUCUGCAAACAUUGGCUCCUGGGAGGAACAAUGGGAAGAGCAAACAUUACCAUCAGAAGAGGAGGCAGAAAAAGUUCGCUCUCGGGUUGCAGAAGUGCAGGACAUGCUUUCUCAUGCUGGAUAUUUAGCUUACGAUGCCAUGCUUCGAUCCCAGCAGCUUCAACAGGAACGUCAUGCUAAGGUCGUUGAGCUGCUCCAGUUGGCGACAUCGGAGCGUGACACCACCCAGCGGCUGAAACAUCUUCUGAAAUCGCAAGAAUUGCUGUUGAAGGCUGAUACACUUCCAGAAACUGUUGCCACCUGCUUAGACUUUUUCUUGAACCUUCAAGCUGAUCCAGCAGCUCCCAUUCGACGCUUUGCUGCCUACUUUCUUGAGCACGUGUUGCUUUUCAAGCCUAGUUUGUCGCUGCGUUGCUCAGUAGCUAUUGCCUCCUUUCUCUCUGAUAGUGACAUUCUGGUGAAAGACUUGGCACUGAAAGCUGCCUCAGUGCACCAUGGCAGAGCAUUGUAUGCGAUAUCGAAGGAGCAAGACGCUUCAGAGAGUCAGCAUGUCUCGGAGCAGCUUCGCCGGUUGCAGGAGAAGGCUCGGAUCCUAUUGUAUUCCGACGAGCCUGCCCUGGUGGCAGCAGCAGCAAGAUGGGCGAAAACGGUGAUCUUAUCUCAGACGCCAGCCCCGGUGUUGCUUCGAGCGCGAGUACCUCCAGAGCUACGAGGCGUGAGUUGCAUUCAGGACUUGUCUUUCCACGGCAGAUGCACAGCAGACUCUUCUGCUCUUCAACAGCAAGCUGAACAACUCUUCGAACUCCUUUUGCAGUUGCUACAACAAUCAACCUUUGGCUACAACGAUUCCAAAGUGCACAAGACAAAAACCCCGUUUCUCAUGGGGGUAGUGGGGUCGGUAGCAAGGCAAAGGCCCGCCAUGCUGCCAGCUGCCUAUGACAUUUUCAAGAAAAUCUUGGAGCAACCAAAAGAGGCGUUGGGAGACGAAGGCUUUGAGGAAGUGCAAAAACUUGUUUGCAACGAAGUGCAGCUCUUGCUGGCCUCCGGACUUACUUCUGAAUGGCACCCAGAGCUCACUGAGUUGUUGGCAGUUGCAUUGCCGCGGAAAGGCUCAUUGGAAGAUUUAGCCACGCAGUCCAAGUACAAGCAGAUUUGCAACGCAGAGGAACGUGAGGGCCGUGAGGGCGAUGAGCCUACCCGCGCAAAGAAGCGUGCUCGAAAAGACCCCAAACACGUUUGGACGCAAAGUGAAUCAACAGAAACAUUUGGCCGAGCAAAUCACUACGACGGUCAUUUCGGUCAUUUGGUCAGUCAGUUUACUCUGUACGAUGCUGAUGCGAUUCUCUCUGGAGAGACUGAAGCAGGAACUGAUCGACGUUUUGAAGAGUACUUCGGAUUGCCAAGUCAACGAGAACCUUCUGGUCACGUGCCGGGCCCUGCCUUGCUGGCCACACGUAUCAACAGUCAGGCAGAGCUUGCUCGCAUCGCUCUGACCUCGUUGAGUUCUUUACCUUUGCAGAGAAGCUUACACCGAGACAGGGCUCAUGAGCAUGCAGUGGCAUUUUCCGAUGUGGUGGAAGGAACGGAAGGAAGUGGGGAAGCUCUGGCCUUGCAAGAGCAAGUGGCUUUCCUGAACGGGCAAACGAGGCAAACCAACGAAAGUGCCAACGACAAGGGUGACAAGAUAGAAAGGGAGCGACAAGAUGAUGUCCCAGCGAGGGACAAAGACCGGGGCGACCCGAGACAGCUGGGACAGACACAACUGGAUGACGAGAUCUUAGAAGAGACGUACCUACUGGCAGCAGAUGCAAGUCAGCUUCAGCUUCCCCAAGAUCGUGCAAAGGACGCGCUGCAGUUGAGAUUGUUUGGAGAAGUCUUGGAAAGCUACCGCAGAAUGGAGUCGUCACUCAUGAAGCAGAGUUUUCUACCUUCACAGCUGGCCUCCUAUGAGCAGAUGAGUCGACAGGUGUCCCUUCACUUGGCUGCCGGAUAUAGGACUGCGGCGCAUCCUGAUUUGCAGCGAUCGAUGUGCCAGGCUUAUGUGUUGCGGACCUUCGACUCCUUUCAGGCCUCCUUACAGGCUGGCAACAAGGGCACGGCCAUGGAACAGUUAGUGGAGCUGUUCUUCUCCAAGUUUGCUACAGAUGUAGCUCGUUGGCAGGAGUCCCCAGGAGCAGUUCCACUUCGCGAAAUGCUGGAGGCAGCCUCUUCACGCCGUUUGGCCGCUUCAAACUUUACUUAUGCGGAGCUCUUUGACAUGUGCCUGGCAGAGUUCGAGAAGCGUGACGUACCAAGGCGAGAAUUGCGAAGUUUUCUGGGAGAACUUCCAGCUAUUCCUUCCUCUGCGUUUCGAGCACUGGAAGCCCAAUGCCAAUUGGCUGGGGCACGGAAGAUGGCAUUGCUUACCAUCCUCGCCUUGAUAGAAGGCAAACCCGCUUGUCGAUGGCGCGGUUUGAGCCUCCUCUUUAAGCUUGCCUUUUCGGCCGGUGAGGAUGGGGUUCGCUUCGACACCAUUCGCUUGAUCAUCAACAAGAUAUAUUCGGGUCCAAAAAGUCCUAUGCGUUGGCAGCUUCCGCACUUGUCUGAUGCGGAAGUCCGGGGUCUUCUCGAUGAGGACAGCAACGGCUCAGGAUGGGAGCUUCCAGAUCCAGACUUUCUGCCCUUGAACAGGUGCGCACGAGACAGAUUGGCAGCAUUGAAGAAUGGUGUAAUGAAACGUUUUAUUUAUACUGAAACUAUAGUGACUACAACACUGCAAACACACUCUCUCAUGCCUGGACUUGGCCCUGCAACUUCUGCAGGUGCAAUUUGCUCUGCCAAAGAUAGGGUAUGGCUUUAUCUGGCACUGUGCAUCAAAAGGCCUAUCUUGCUGCAUGGUCUCGUCGAAACAUUUAUUGAAUGUGAUGCAGAGAUGAAGGAACAUCUCAUCAAUUCUAUCGAGGAGGCGAUCAAGUACAUUCCUGUGACCGAGCAGGAGCUUCUGGUGCUGGUGCAAAAGGCAUCGCAUCAAACGGAACCGUUGGUCCUAAAGGUCCUCAACAUCCUGAUGACCACCAGAGGAAAAGAGCCCUUGCACCCGGGCUUCGGUGAAGCAGUGAUUCGUUUGUACAAGGAAAGCAACAAUCCGCGUUUGCUUGUGCCGGUCUUUGAUUUGCUGGAUCGGAACAGCCUUCUGGAUUUCUUCCCUGCGGUGCUUCAACUGGAGUCAGAGCGGGUUGCAGACGCCUUUCGAUUGAUAGUUGGAUCCCGUGCUCCACCGCUCAGCGUCACAGAGUUGCUGAUGGAAUUGCAUCAUGUGAACAGUCCCGGCGAAAACAUUGUGCCCAUCAAGGCUUCCAUGCAAGCUCUGAACAUCAUCUUUGGCAUGCGGGACCAAUUUGACACGAAGGUCUAUGGCAUUGUGAUUCAAUCGUUGGUGGAGGAACCUGGACCUCUGCCAACACUCUUCAUGCGCACGGUGAUACAAGUGGUGAAAGAGCUUCCUCGACUUUCCGAUUUCAUCGUGAUGGAGAUACUUCCCAGACUUGUUCGGCAAGAAGUUUGGGGAGACGAGAAUAUGUGGCGAGGCUUCAUGAUCGUGCUCCAGCACACAUUUGCAAGUCAGCCAACGGGUGCUGCCCGAGUUCUGGCCAUGCUUCCCAUGUCGCAGCUGGAGGACGUGUUGGUUCAGCAUCCCGAUUGGAAAGCUCAGCUUCGCGAUUAUGUUGCAAGACAGCCUCCCGGGACAAUCAUGCCACAUGUAAAGCAACUCUUGGAAUAG